UCGUAGUCUUUUGAAUGUUCUCGACAACCUAUUGUCUUUCUGCGUGAUAUACGCGUGCACUAUUCGUGACGUUCUAGAAAGAAAGAAAGAGACAAUCAAUUUGAACGGAAUGAAAAUUGUAAUGUAUUUAAAUGUUAUUUCUAUCUUUUUUCAUUUAACGGGAACUGAAAUGUACAACAACGAAACGCUGUACAUUCCUUUAAUAAAAUGGAUUCGCAGCUACUAUUCGGCUUCUGCUGUCUUUUUGUUGCAUUCUUCUAACGAGAAUAAAAAUUUCGAUGAUUUGAAACUAACAUAUUUAUCACACACAUGGUCUCGUCUUCUUCAUCGUGAACAAAUUGCAACUUUAAGUAGCACAUUCAAGAACAUUCACGCGCUAGAUAGAAAUAAUAUCCUCCGACCGUUGGCCAUCGUUUUUAUAUCCGGAUCUGACGCAGUUUCUGAAUUUUCAAAAUACUCGAAGUCCUUUAGAAUAUCCCAUUUUGCAUGGUUUGUGAUAUUCGUGCCUACGGCGAUGAACGCGGAAAGCUAUUGCUACAAUCCGCCGGGAAAUCCAUUUAAUUUGUUAUACGACACUGAAAUGUUGGUGAUGUGUCCCGGUGACCCUGUUCUUCGUGAAUGGUAUUCCGUGGAUGGGAACAACACCGUCAUUUCAGAUUUAGUCAAGUGGUAUCCAAAGAAACAAUUGAAGUCUCUAACAGCAGUUGUUGACUUGUUGUCCAACUUGACUCUGCACGAGAGGAGGAAUGACUUGAAAGGAAAAGUUUUGCGAGCUGUCACUAUCAAGAACUCGAUAUUCGCGACAAAAGAUGACAAGUUCGAAGGAUACUUUAGUAGAGCGGUCAACGAGCUUGAAAAAUAUCUAAAUUUCACUCUCGAUAUCGUGACCGAGGAACUCGAGUUUGGUAGUUUCAAUGUGACGACUAAAUGCUGGAACGGGGCAUUUCGUUUAGUGGCUUCUGGAGAAGUAGAUAUCGGAUUGUCCGAUUUUUCGAUGACCAAUAUUAGGCUUGAUUACGUCGAUUAUACGGUUCCUAUUAUAACUACUAGAGACUGUUUGUAUUUUAAGCAACCAGAGAUGUCAGCGGUGAAAUGGCUUGCUUAUUAUAAGGCAUACAGUUUCGCGCUCUGGAUAUCUGUACUCAUGACAAUUAUAAUUGCUCAAUUUACUUUGGCUUUUAUAAGAUCUCGAAUAGAAUCCACUGAUCUAACCGUGGAAUUAUACCAUGAAUUUAUUCGAAUUUGGGGUAUAUUCUGCCAGCAAGGCAUUACAGAAGAAUUUCCACGGUAUACGUCGCUAAAGUUAGCAUACUUUACCGUACUUGUUACCGGUAUAGUGCUAUUCGCCGCUUAUUCCGCGUCUAUGAUAUCCUUUGUAACAGCUUACGUUCAUAAUCUACCCUUCCGCACGAUUGAGGAGUUUGUGAAUGAUGGUACAUACGAUGUAAUCCUCAAUAAAGAUUCCGCGGAUUACGAUAUUUUUGCCCUAUCGAAAGACCCCGUUUCGGUGCACAUGAUGGCCAAACUAAGGCCGAUACAUACUCUACCAAUCACCAUAGAAGAUGGAUUUCAAAAGAUCUGCGACGAUCCUACAUUAGUGUACUACAGCGGUUAUGGUAAAAAAAUGCAGGGAAUAGCGAAUUUUCAUAUUCCUUGCGAUAUCGUCUGCAUUGACUCUGGCCGAGUGGAUAGUUUGUCCCUGAUCCUUCCGAAAAAUAGUCAAUUCACCUCGAUCCUGAAUUACUAUGUGCAGAAACUUCUGAACACUGGUCUAUUGAACCGGUUUAAGAACGAAGUAUCCUUCACGAACAAGAACAAAUUUCAGCCGGUUGGAUUUUAUAGCGUGGCAUCUGUGUUAAUAAUCUUCUUCGGUGGUGUUUUACUAGCCCUUGUUAUAUUAAUCGCAGAGAUGUAUUGCAAUAGGUAUAAAAAUUCUCAAUAAUUCAAUCGCCCAAUUAACGAAAGGUAAAUUCGUCAAUAUAUGCGUAUCAAAGAUUCAA